GCAGCCCAGCGGCCCUCAACCUGCUCCAGGGCAGCUCUGGGCUCGCUGCAGCCAGCCCGGUCCGUCCGUCCGCCCCUUCCCCCCACCUAGCUCAGGGGGGUGCACAGCUGCGGCCCGCGGGAUCUCCGGGACAGCUGGGAUGGUGCGCUGGGCCCCAAUCCCGAUACUGGAUGGAGCGAGGGGAAGAGCUGCAAGUCCCAGAUCUCAGCAAAGACGAGGAUGACGAGAGCUGGCCGGGCCCCCAAACAGGUGAGAGGCUGGCGAGCGUGGCUGGGGCAGAGGAUGCUGCACCGGGAAGGGAUGGCACCAGCACUGAUGUGGAGCCGGUGGGGGGAGCGUGGCACAAAGACCCUGCUGCAGGGGCAGAGGAGGCGGUGCCCGGGGGCAGGGCCAGGGUGGAGGAGGCCAUGCCGGGAGGUAGCGCUGAUGCAGAGCCGGCGCGGCACAGAGACCCCACCGUCAGGCGGCCCUUUAAAUGUGGCGAGUGUGGGAAGAGCUUCCGGCAGAGCGCCACGCUGACCAGGCACCAGCUGCUACAUGCGAGCGAGAGGCCCUACGUCUGCACCACCUGCAGCAAAGGCUUUUGCGACGGCGCGGCGCUGGCCGCGCACCAACGGGCACACACGGGCGAGCGCCCCUUCCCCUGCCUGGCGUGCGGCAAGGCCUUUGCCGGCAGCUCGGCGCUGCUGGUGCAUCAGCGAGUGCACACCAGCGAGCGUCCCUACCGCUGCGGGGAGUGCGGGCAGAGCUUCCGGCAGAGCGCCCACCUGGCGCAGCACCAGCAGGGCGCCCACGCCAGCCCGCGCCCCCACGCCUGCGCUCACUGCGGCAAGAGCUUCGGGCUGCGCUGCACGCUGGCACGGCACUUGCGGACGCACCGUGUCGAACAGCCCCACGCCUGCCCAGACUGCCCCCGCCGCUUCCACCACCGCGCCCACCUGCUCCGGCACCGGCUGGCGCACACGGGCGAACGCCCCUUCCCCUGCCCGGUCUGCGGCAAAGCCUUUGCCCUGAGCGCCACGUUGCUGCGGCACCAGCUGGUGCACACGGGCGAGCGCCCCCACUGCUGUGAGGAGUGCGGGCGCAGCUACACACAGAGCUCCUACCUGCGGCAGCACCAGCGCAGCGCCCAUGCCGGCCAGCGCCCCCACACCUGCCCUGACUGCGGCCAGGCCUUCGCCGACCGGGCCAACCUCCUGCGGCACCAGCGGGGCCACACGGACGCCCGACCCCACACCUGUGCUGAGUGCGGGCGGCGCUUUGCCCAGCUGGCCAGCCUGGUGGAGCACCGCCGGCGGCACACGGGCGAGAAACCUCACGAGUGCCCCCGCUGCGGGCGCCGCUUCCGCCACCACUCGGCCCUGCUUCGCCACCAGCGCUCCCAUGCUGGGGAACGCCCCUUCCGCUGCGGGCAGUGCGGGCGUGGCUACACCCGCAGCUCCAACCUCCUGCUGCACCAGCGGGUGCAUGCUGCUGAGUGACAUCCCCUCCCCCAGGACAGUCACCGGCAUCCGGUGCCUCCCACACUCCCCAUGCUGGGAUGGGCCUGGCCUGGCCCUGACCACAGUCCGCACUGUUGCAUGGCCACUCCCCGCCCACUGCCCAGGAAUGGGGGUGGCUGGGCCCAUCCCGGUACCGAGUGUGAGUGAAGCUGCUGCCAGCAGUCAUGGUUCCUCCAGCCCCAGGUAGCAAACAUGGGGGCAGAGCUUCCUGCAGGGUGGGGCCCUGCUCAGGGGUGGGGCUCAGGGAAUGGGGGCUGUGCCCAGGCAGUGCCUGACCCCCUUUUUCUCCCCUUUUGCUGGCUGGUGCUGCCCGGGCUGCUGCCCCAACACCCUGGACCCUGCCGUGUGGCCCAGCCAAGCCAAAACCCACCCUGCAGCUGCUUAGCUGUGCGCGGGGCGGGGGCACAGAAGCAGGGGGACGCC